GCCGACACGACUUUAACUCAAGUAUGACUGCAAGUCGAGCGAGCGAAACCUGUCCAUUUCCGAGCACGCCAGACUCUCGUCACCAUUCCGUCUCAGGCUAUCAUGAGGCAAGCCGAACAGACGAGUCACCAGUCUAAUUUCCGGCGAGGCAGUUUGAGUUCCAUGCACAAUGCAUUCCAAUCUACAACGUGCCGGGUGCGAGCCAGCCUGGCAGAGCUCACCGCUAGCACCCGGCUCUACUGCUAAGUACUACUACGAGAGCUAAGUGGUUCAUUUUACACGGUUUACUAUGGAUCCAGCGACCAGAAGUUCUGUUGUCCCUGUGACCCUGACGGAUUCGAGUUCUCUAACUCGCGAAGCUACCGAAGAGUCUAGGACAGAGACUGCUACGUUAGCGCCUGGACAAGUCGCGAAAUCUACAUCCGGGUCUACUGUCACACCCGUAUCCACUAAACCUCUCUCGUACGUCGAGCACACGCAAGCCGUAGACUCGGAGUCUGGCGCUGGCUCUAGUUCGCAGGUGGACCCCACACCUCCGGCAACAAGAUCUACUUCGGACCCUGCUCUUCAGACAUUACAAAGGCACUUAUCGUCGAACACAGAUGGCCCGUAUCCUGAUAGGUGCUCAAGGCACGGUGCUCCAACCUUUUCGGGAGAAUUUGACCACCUCGCGCGUGGAACGAGUAGGGCAGAGAUUUUCUCCCUCGGAGGGCAACUUUGUUGGCACAGGAGUAUCCCAGUCUCCCAACUGACUUGGUUCCAAAGACUACCUUGCAGCCCAACCGCACCGUCGGGGAGCGCCUACAGCCAACUAUCGAUGCAGCUGAACGUGAAAGAGCCAAGUACGCAACCAAAGGUGCAUUUUUACGUUCCUCGCCUGUUCGAGUUGAGAUAGAUUUGGCUGCCUAAUUGUACCUUUAGCGAGGCGGGUAGGUUAUGCAUUAACAUUGCCAUCGGCCUGCAGGUUCUUCUCGGCAGCCUGACUACUGGU